CCAAAUUCCUGUGUGGUAGUGGUUUGUGUUCAGAUUUCCCGUGUUAAUCUAUCUAGAGAAGUGUUCCAGUCAGUGGCCGGAGGCUGACGCGAUUUUUUAUUUUAGUAGUUUUUGCUACAACGUUUCGCUGUUAUUUUUAAUCAAUCAUGCCGUCAACAUUGGAAUCGUGUGAAUCGUUCUACGGAACACGGGACGUAUACAAAAUCUUUGACGUACCCAAACAUGCGCAAGAGAAAGAAAUCAAAAAGGCAUACUACAAAUUGUCGCUUAAAGUACACCCAGAUCGCGUUAAGGAAAACGAAAAGGCAGAAGCCACUGAAAAAUUCAAAGUUUUAAGCAAAAUCUACUCCAUUCUUUCCGACGCAAAUAAACGAGCCCUUUAUGAUGAACAAGGGGUCAUUGAUGAUGAUGAUGACUCGGCCGGCACCAAAUGGAUAACAAUGUGGCAGCAGUUCUUCAAACCCAUUUCAACGGAAGACAUCAGUAACUUUGAGAAGGUUUAUAUUGGAUCGGAGCUUGAGCGCAAUGAUAUUAAGAAGGCUUACUUAGCUGGAAAGGGCUGUAUAAAUUACAUGUUUAACAGCGUGCCAUUUAUGAGCUGUGAAGACGAGCCUCGUAUCUACGACAUAGUUAAAGAGAUGAUCGCUACAGAAGAGGUUCCGGAAUACAAAAUUUUCACAGAAGAGCCAAAGGCAAAGCGUAACCGCCGUCACAAGAAGUAUGCCAAGGAAGCAGAAGAAGCGGUCGCUUUGAAAGAGAAGAUGGAGCAAAAGAAGCAACAAGAAUCUUUGGAGCAACAAAUUGCACAGCGCCAAACUGAGCGACAACUCGGGUUUUCUGCCAUACUGGACCGUCUCGUCGAAAAAUAUGGCCAGGAUGAGGACGACGAAAAUGAUACAUUCGAUUUGGAUGAAUACAUGACUAAGAACAAAUCUAAAUCCAAGAAAACGCCGCAGAAAAACAAUACCAAGAAAAGAAAUCGUAAAGUAAUAAAAGGGCGCGUGUCGAAGAAAACCGUUUAAUUACUACAUGAAAUCUGAUGCUAGGUGUGCAAAUGAAGCUGACAAAAAUAUACGUUGCAAAUGAAAAAAAAAAAAUAAAU